AACAUUACUAGCGCAAGCACCGUAGCAAGAGUUUAGGAGAUCGCGGGACAGAUGCAAGGUGACUUUGAGGCAAUACAGUGAUGACGAUGACGCCCAAUCUGGAGACUGUGGCAAGACGAAAAAUCAGCGCAUUUCAUCGCGAUGCAGUGAAGCUGUCUCCACCUCCCGGUCGACCGAUUUUGACCACUCGCUCGACCUGGAGGUAUCGGGACGCUCGCCAGUCGCCGAGCUGCACAGUGCACGUGGGGCUCGGAGGACUUUCGUGUGCGGGCGGCAGGACAGCGGAAAUUGCCACAAAAUCCACAAGUGUGAUUCGAUUGGACCACUGGAAAUACACUUCUGGACGCGCGAUUUGGAGUCGGCAGCGCGACACAUCUCCAGAUUGGACACAUGUAGCAAGUAAAUUCUAGUAAUUUAUGACAUACUAUUUGCAAUAUGACUACGAGUUCUUAACUAUAUACCCACUGAUACUGUAAAAGUUUCAACAUUUUUUCGUAGUAAAAGAAAUGGUUAGGAGAAUGGUUGCUGUUGUCUUA